AUGUUCUGGUGGCUUAGGUCACAAAGGCUGUUUGUAAGAGCCAGACAGAGAAAAGACUCUGUCUGCUACUCUGGAGUUUCUGUUGUGUGGCGGAGUAUAGUCAGACACUCAUUGGCAGGAUACCAGCUCUCUUCCCUGGGAAAGCCCCUGGAUGAGAAUUUGCAAGGGAUGUCCCACACAACACCUACCUUUUCUUCCAAUCAUCCUUUAAGGGUCUCACCUGACUUCCCACAGAGCCCCUCUGAUCUUGAAGUACAACAGUGCUUUUACAAAGUUGAUGGCUCUCAGAGAUGCCCCAGCAUGAAAACAGCAAAGAGCUUAGAAUUACCUGGCAAUACACCUGAGCCACAGAAAGGAACAGCAGCCAAGAAGAAACCAACGGUUAGGAAGCCACAGCCCAUUCGUCUCAUUGGAGUGGAUUCAGUCUUUGGCACAGGUAUUACAGUCCAGCCACCCAAGUGCACUAAAACCUUCAAAGUUUCUGAAACAUCAGCCUUUGGUAAAAUUGUCAGCAAAGAGAAACAGAGGCCCAUUUGUGUCAAGGAGUCACAGAUUGAGAUGGCAUUGGCCAUGUGCAAACAGGUGCUACGUUUCAUUUUUCUGCUGUAUGUAGUGUACAAAAUGUGCAUUUUUGCCCUGCAACACUCCCAGUAA